GAAAGAUGGGUCACCAGCAGCUCUACUGGAGUCACCCGCGGAAGUUCGGCCAGGGUUCUAGGUCUUGCCGCGUCUGCUCUAACCACCAUGGUCUAAUACAGAAAUAUGGCCUGAACAUGUGCUGUCAGUGUUUCCGCCAGUACUCGAAGGACAUAGGCUUCAUUAAGUUGGACUAA